AUUGCGUCUUAUAUGCCCCUCACUACGGUAAGGGGCAAAUUUGUUGUACUGCUGUUGCUUUGCACAAAUCAAAUUGUUUUUUGUCUUCUUAGUUUUUCGCCUCCUUUUCUGGGAGUCUUUUCAUACAAUUAGUCUUCACUUUCAGGCUUACGUGUGGAUCUCCCCUGUUAAGUCGUAAAUUCUGGGAAUAUCUGGCAUCUUCAGAAACUGAUCUUGUUUUCGGUCAAAUUGGUCCCUUGGAAAAUAUAUUUACCCUCAAUAAGAAUUUUAUCUCCUCUUCUGCCUAUUCCAUGCUGAAUUUGCUAUGUUCAAAUUUAUCUCUGGCAUUGCGCAGACUGCAUCCGAAUACCUUGCACCAAAUCUCAAACCCGAAGAAGAGCUGUUCCUUCAAUGGCAUAAUCUGGUGAAGGAGUUGAAAAGUCGCAACGGAUCGCUGGUUUCCGUAGAGGAAACGGACGUCCCUCUGAAACUGCAGUGGGUGUUCAAUCUCUUGCAGCAGGAGCUACCACUGUAUCCUGCAAACAAUGCAACUUCUUCCAGCACGUCGAACGGCGUAUCAGCUGCAGCACCACCAGGCGGCAUUGGUCCGUGCUUCGAGGUGGCACUGCGCUAUAAGAUCUUCGACUGGCUAGUGGCUCUGGCGAAGUCCGACAAACCAGCUGGCAUCAAGAGUUACGUGCUGUUUUUCCUCACCAACCUGCUGAAAUCCCCCAAUAUCAUCACGCUGCUGCCGAAAUCCUUCAUUUAUAAACCGUUAUCCCGUCUGGUGCAGUGUUGUGGCAAUAGUCACUGUUCGCCUUGGGAUCGGGAAGAGCUGCAGUUCUUGCUGGGUGUUGUGGAUGUUUUACAGCGUGAUCCGUGUUUGGCUAAUUUGUUUUUGCGCGGCUUCAGUCAGGAGCCUGUUGAGAAGGCCGAUGCAGAUCUCUCGGCUAUCGUGGAUUUGCACAAUCCGUUUUUAUCCGAAUUGCACAGCAAUGACAGCCCCAGUGCGAAGAUUAACAACAGCGAUUCCGAAUCCUUUGUUUUUCCACUGUUGGAUUCCUUAUUACGACUGGCUGUUAAUCCCGAUGUGGAUGUGAGCGCACAAGCCCGUUUGGCCGUGGUGUGUGUUCUGCGGAUCCGUGAACCCGUCGUAUGUCGGGCGAUUGCGUCGUCCGGGACAUUGCACGCUUUGACAAAACACCUAUUGAAAUUGUACGCUGCAGUUCCAUAUUCUGCCGAUGUGAUUGACACGAUUUGCGUGCAGAAUGCAUCGGAGGACACAGAGCGGCUGUUGCGGCCUUUUUUGCUGUGGAUUACAUUCCUUGACCAGAUCUUCGCGGUUAUGGAAGGCCAGUUAGAGGAAAAACUCGGCGCGACACUUCAACAGAAUUUACUGCGAUCCUGUGGGUUUUCCGAUGAUUGGUUGUCGUCUUCCGGGGAAAGGAAUCAGAAGGCCUUGGGAAUUUUUAUGCGCAUGUACAAAGCCACGGAUACGCUGGCUCUGCUUAAUGUGUGGGCCAGUGUUUUUCUGCAGCCCAAAUUAUUUGACAAGUUUAUGCAGUUGACAGGAAAUCAGGAACUGGCGUUAUUCGUCUAUGAUUUAUUAGACACGAUGCUGCAGAAACCGGUGUUUAUUUUGGUUGAUGAAUUGUUAUUAAAAUAUUUGGGAACACGGCUGUAUAUAAGAAAGGACCAACGUAUGCACGAGAGCAAGAAAGACAUGGAACUCACGGAAGCUACCGACAGGGCAGCCAUGUUCCGAGAUUUAUUUCCCACUGCGGCUAAAUCAUGCACUGUGCUGGAGGAAGAAAAGGACGCCGAAAAUUAUGUUAGGGAGUCACAUUACUCCAUGGUAGCCCUUGCUCAACGAUGCCAUGACCUUCACUGGCCUUUGUUUGGUCCGCUAAAACCUUGCAACAUUCUGCUUGCAGAGGAAUCGUCUUUUUUUGACGGAAACGGUUUUAACGAAGGACCAUUACUGAAAAAUCUUUUUUAUCGGUUGUCCUGUCUUUUUGACCAGCCAUAUGCCAUCAGCUUGCGUGUGACGGGAAUAAUUUCCAAAAUCUGCCUGCUUCCGCAUCCGGUGCUGCGAGAGUAUCUUCUCGAUCCCACAGUACCGCUUUCAGCCAGUUGCCCGUCGCUCUACCGGUGUCUGAUUAACCUAGUGCAGAAAAUGGAAUCGUAUGCCCGACAGUAUCCAUACUUUCGUGAUGAUGUGCUGAAAAUGCGCCAGGAGAUCAAGAACGGACAAUGGGCGGAGGCGUCCACAAAUCCAGACAAUACCGUUGCCAGUGCAGUUGUGAUGUUGGAAGAGUUUUGUAAGGAAGUGGCGGCACGUGCCUUUGUACGCUUCAGCAAUUCCAUGUAGCACAAGACCAUUCCUUUUUAUAUAAUUUUUAAAUAAAGAUCUGAUUAAAUGAUUUCACGGUUUUCACCUAUGAAAUUUUCCGGAUUACCGAUUUUAAAAGGCUUCAUGGAAAGUCCGGCUUGUUUCUGCGGUUAUUCGUGUGGGUGCUAUAUGUUGACAGGUAAAUUUUUAUUGUAGAAAUUACUGAAUCAGACAAAAUCAGGCGGU